AUGACCCCAAUGUUGACGACCAGGAAGUAUCAUGAUCUCGCCGACUAUGGCAACUCCUGCACCACAGCUGAUGCCGGCAGUUCCCUAGCCGCCGGCUCCCUUGCCGGGAUUUCCUCCGGGGCUUUGGUAUCGCCGUCACCGGCGUUACCACCGACAACCAUCCCUUGGUCGUAG